AUGAGCUCAGGGAAUGAUUCCCUUCAUUUCUGCAAUUGGGUUGGCGUUACAUGCAACCGUUGCACCAAAAGAGUUGUGAUUUUGAUGCUGACUGCUCAAAAAUUGGCAGGCUCCUUACCAAAAUCUAUAGGAAAUCUUUCUCGCCUUACCGGAAUCGACCUGAGGAACAACAGCUUUGCUGGUGAAAUUCCUCAAGAAAUAGGUCGUCUUCGAAGCCUGCGAUCUCUCAACCUGUUUCGGAAUUCCUUUGGCGGCAAAAUUCCAAGUAAUAUAUCUCACUGUGCACAACUAAGAGCGCUUCGUUUAGCUUUCAAUGAGCUUAUUGGAUCCAUUCCGAACCAAGUCAGUUCAUUGGUGAAUUUAUAUUAUGUAUCUGUUGCUGCUAACAAUCUCACCGGAGCGAUCCCAAAUUGGAUAGGAAACUUUUCUUAUCUGCAUACUCUUUACCUUUCCAAAAACAAUUUUCGAGGAAGCAUACCAAAUGAGCUCGGGCGUCUGACACACUUGGCGGAAUUUGACAUUUCAUUGAAUAAUCUGUUUGGUAUUGUCCCUUCUUCAAUCUAUAAUAUUUCUUCCAUUACAAUUUUCGGUGUUGCUGGGAACCAGCUACAUGGAGGCCUACCACCAAAUGUUGGCAUUAGUCUUCCCAAUCUCGAAAUUUUUGACUGUGGUAUGAACAACUUCAGAGGAGCUAUUCCUGCGUCGUGGUCAAAUUCUUCUAGACUUCAGGAGCUUGAUUGUGUUAGUGUUUUGUGA